AUGGGACAGUGUUUGAAGUACCAGAUGCACUGGGAGGACCUGGAGGAGUACCAGGCGCUGACCUUCUUGACCAAAAAUGAGAUCCUGAGCAUCCACAACACCUUUCUGAAGCUCUGUCCCCCUGGGAAGAACUACAAGGAGGCAACCCUGACCACGGACCAGGUCAGCGCCCUGCCGGCCCUGAGGGUUAACCCUUUCAGAGACCGGAUCUGCCGCGUGUUCUCGCACAACAACGUGUUCUCCUUUGAGGACGUGCUGGGCAUGGCGUCGGUGUUCAGUGAGCAGGCCUGCCCCAGCCUGAAGAUCGAGUAUGCCUUUCGCAUCUACGAUUUUAAUGAAAAUGGCUUCAUUGAUGAGGAGGACCUGCAGAGGAUUGUCCUCCGACUGCUCAACAGCGAUGACGUGUCAGAGGACCUGCUGACCGACCUCACGACCCACGUUCUGAACGAGUCGGAUCUGGACAAUGACAACAUGUUGUCUUUCUCAGAGUUUGAACAUGCCAUGAACAAGGCUCCAGACUUCAUGAACUCCUUUCAGAUCCACUUCUGGGGAUGCUGA